AUGUUCCUCUUCAGCAUGCUCUUCAUGUCCAGCACCAACAUCAUCAUUCGCACGAUGAUCGUCUUCAUCAUCCUCAAAGCCAGCGCGUAUGCGAUCGUUGAAUCGUACCGAUUCGGAAAGCCAUUCCUCGAUGUUUUGCUGUCUGACAUCGCCUCAAGCCUACACAGUACAACCAGCAAACAAAUCAAAGACUGUCAGCGCGAGCACCCAGAUGUMUUUCCAUCAAGCGACAACUCAAACAGCCGCCACGAUCCGUCAAGCUUUGCAUCGGACGAGGCUCGUGCAGUUGCUCUGCACCAAUUCGACAUCAAUCGACCCGAAGCAUCGUGUCCUGAGCGGUGGAUUUAUCCAAACGAGUACAACUCUAAGCGGCUGGAGAACUUCUACCGUAAUCCUCCGAAUUGGAACUUGCCAUUGAAUCCCGACAGCGACGAGCUACGAGAAUGGGACGAGCAUGGAGAGUACAGGCCGCUGCCCAUUACAGACAACUGUAUUGUUGGAAAGAAAAACGGUGAAAGACAUCGGAACAAUACUUCCCUUCGAUAUGAGCGAAAGGGCGAUCCAAAGGUUCACGAAAAGGUCCCCGCAAGACGGCACAGGGCUUCAAGCUCGAGACACCAUCUGAGGAGAGUGAGGUCUUUCAAUGCUCCAGACGCUCUUCGGAAUGAGUUUCAUGAAUCGUACAGGAUGCACAUGGAUCGUGAUGGCUAUGGCGGUCACUAA